AUGUCCGAGAUAGAUCCCUCUCGCCCGGAUAUUACCGCAUUCAUGGCUCGCGCUUCAGCAGACCUUGGCACUUCCCUUCCGCCAGCAAAGGAUGUUUCUACAUUUGGUGACAACCCAGCCCUCGCCGAUGAGCUCCUCGAGAUUGUACUGCAAGGGAACAAGACCUCGACUACUAACUGGCCCAUCCCUGACCCUCUUCAUUGGGCCGUAGGGGAUUUAUCGGUCAUCCUGGAUGGUAAAGGGCAACCAAGGGCAAUCAUCCGGACGACCUCGUUUGUGAGGUGCAAGUUUAAAGAUGUGGAAGAAGACUUUGCCUUGGCGGAAGGCGAAGGUGAUUAUGAUGAAUGGAGACAGGAGCAUAUUAAGUUUUUCAAAAGACAGGAUGCGGAGUCGUUCAAUGAGGAGGUAGAGGUGCUCUGCGAGAGGUUUGAGGUUGUAUAUCCUGUGCUAUGUCAGAAUGCCAUUUAA